AUGGUUCCGGUGGUUUUAGAGCCGGCGCGCAGUAGCCUAUCGGAUCCGGCCCUUGCUACCAAAGCAUUGGACCGGGUUCGAGUCCGGCUGUAUUAUUCUGCUCAGCCCAAGAAAUACAAACGAGUUCCAAUCUCAAAAGUUUACCCCCCUACCGUAGUUGCUCAUGACCUUAUGUGUCCCAUGAGAUUGGCUCGAUUCGAUUAUACGAUUCAGGCCAGGGACGGAGAAACAUAUGAAGAUCUUAAGGAACUAAUCGGUUUUGGUUAG